AGAUCACGACGCUUAUGAUGUUAUAAGAAAGUUAUAGAGCCUGAUGGGACUUGUUGGCUUUUCUUCAUUCAUCCCUCCCUCUCCUUCCAUCAUGUCACCUUCUUUCUCUGUCUCGCCAACUUGCAAGGUUGAACCCCCACGUACAAAUACUAUUGGUUCAGUGCUCCAACGGCACUUUCCGCCUUCGGUCCAGAUUCAAGAGGUAUAUCCUCUGGAGGGUCAUCUACAUUCCGUCAGUCUCCUGAUACUUUCAAAUGGAGACCAAUGGCUUCUGAAAUGUCCACCUCGAUCGACAACACCUCUUUUACGGCGAGAACAGCUCCUGCUUGAGACGGAAGCACGAGCUCUGUCCAUUCUAGGGCAGAGUGCAACUCCAUAUGUGCCAUCGUUUGUACAUUAUGGCUUUCAAGGUGACCCUUUUGGGUCUGCCUUCUUAGUCAGACAUUAUGUCACAGGCAUGACCUUGAAGGAGAUGGGACCCCGACUCACGACGCAAGAACGCCGAAAACUGGACAGAGAUCUGGGGUCGCUGGUCCAACAAAUCGGACAGCCCCUUUCGAACUCUUUCGGCUCGCUGGAGCAGGUGGCCUGUGGGCGGGGAAAGCUCUCCUGGAGGGACGCUUUUGUCGUGCUCUUCGAGGACAUUCUGCGAGACUCAGAAGAUGCUUUUGUUCAUCUCCCCUAUUCUGAGAUUAGGCAUCACGUUCGCCGCUUGUCAUAUGCACUGGAAGAAGUCACCCUACCACGGUUGGUAGUGAUUGGCCUAGGCCGUCCGUCACAAGUAUUUCUGGAUCCGGCAUCUAGAAAACUGUCUGGAGUGACGGGCUUUGGCCAUGCAUUGUGGGGUGACAUAUAUAUGGCCGAGGUUUUCGAGGAUCCUUCGCCUGCCAUGCUCGAAGGCUUUGGCACUCGACUUACGAAGAGCGAGUCACAGGUGACUCGUCAAUUACUUUAUGCUUGCUACCGCUCUGUCCACAACAUCACAAUACACUAUUACCGCGACAAAGACAUGACUGCUGAGAUGGAGGCGAGGAGACGGCUAACGACGACCUUGGCAGAAAUGAGUGCCAUUAAAGGGGCUCGAUGAUGUGCCAGGAGUAAACUGACUGGCAACUAUCAGCUCUGUUCUCCUCGGUCGCUACACUCCUGACUAUCAGCAGGUUGGGAUGAUGAUUGCAUGACUUGAAUGCUCGUGUUCUUAGACUAUCCUUUGUUUGUAUAUAGCAAGAACUAUACAGAGCGCAGAUCUUCGAAAGACCCUUGUUUGAAACAGUUUGAAACACCACGAUCUAGGUGUAGCAAGCAUUCCAAAUCGCAUAGGGCCGGUGUCCAUAAAAGCCAAUUAUGGAUAUUCUACCGUGAAGGAAUCUCCGGUGAUUUGAAGUCCGACAUCAAGAUUAUCUACGGGAGUACUGUUUUCCUUGGCAGUGAGUGGGAAGAACAUAUUGUUGCUGCCUAAGUGAUUCAUACAAAAUAAGUUACG